AUGAUUUCCUCACGCCGGGCCAUUCCCCUCCUCGGCCUGGCUUUCUUCGUCUGCCUUCUGUACACCGUCAACAGUCUAUCGCGACAAUGGCGACGGGUACCGCAGUCAGUGGGCCUCGGGGAACUCGUCGCAAACCCCUCUCCCACCCCAAGCGGUCGCUUUAACAUCACCAAGGGUGACGACUAUGUCACGAAAGAACCCUACGCCCCCCGACCGCACUACGCCCCCGGGGUCCCGAAACCCCCGGGGGCGACAUAUACGAAGAUGCUGGUGGUCCCCCAGGCCGACCUAGAGGACACCACGUGGAUUGAACUCGAGCUCCCCCGACUGGCAAUCGGCCGUUUCGCCUGGCAUAACGAUGAGAUCUUUGACGGGAACGCGGCGGAGAUGCUGCGCCGGCUGAACCCGGCGCGCAUCAUCCGCGAAGGAUACAUGAAUCUCCGCUGCACCUGGGCCCCCGGGUGUCCCGACUGGUUGCACCCCGGCACCCUGGAGGAAGACGAGUCCAAGCAGGAGGAGACCAUGUUGGCGAAAUCGUGGGGUGAGAUCUUCCCGGAUCACCCCAUCCCGGACGUGCUCGCGCAGCCCUGCUGUGCGCAGUUCGCCGUCUCGCGUGAGCGCAUUCUGUCUAUCCCGAAGGCGCGCUUCGUCUACUACCGCGACUGGAUCCUGCGGACGGAACUGAGCGACUACAUCUCCGGGCGCAUCUGGGAGUACCUCUGGCAUGUGGUGUUCACCGGCGAGAACGUCGUCUGUCCGAAGGAGAAUGUCUGCUACUGCGAUGGAUACGGGAUCUGUUUCGGCGGCGAGGACGAAUACGAUGCAUACCGCGGGCUGGGUUUCCAGAAGAACGACCUGGAGGAGGAGCUCAAGCAUUGGCGGAGCCGCGCAGAGUCUAUUGAACUGGCACGAAUGCGAGGCACUCUCGGUCAAAGCAGCAAAUUGAAUGUCCCUGAGCCCGGCAAGGACAUCGAGUUGGAGGAAAAGAUUGUCGAAAAAGAAAGCUUGAUCGCGGAGCUAUUGGUGAAUGCCACCCUGCGCGGAGAAGAUCCAAAGGCAAGGGCAAAAGAAGCGGGAAGACCAUGGAAAGAGGGAGAUGGAUUCUGA